AUGGAUGAUCUCAACCACGGUCAACAUGAAGAGCAACCAGGUCCGUCCGUUUCUAUGGGGGGCUCCAUAAAUAUCCCUUCCUCAAGUGCAGGUCCGAUACGUCGUCGUCGAUUUAGCACGGCGAAAAUCCAGCCGACGCGAAUCAAGAAGGUAAUGCAAUCUGAUGAGGAAAUCGGUCGUAUGGUGGCAUCUGUGCCAGUCGCCAUAGGAAGGGCAAUGGAGCACUUUGCUGAGAAAUUCCUCCAGGCGGCCGCACAGGCUACGCAGAUGAGCAACUCCCGCACCCUUACACCAGCUCAUAUGAAGCAGGCAAUGAUGGCCAAUCGACAUUUUCACUUCCUCGCAGACAUUUUCAAGGAAGUGGCUGUUCCUGGGCGGAUGGGAUCUGAGUUCGAUCCCAGUCUCUCACGACAGCAGAUGCAACUACUGCAGGCUGGCCUUCCAACGGUGGCUCCCGGCUCGAGUGCAAGUCCAGUCUGCAGCCCUUGUACUCCUAUUUCUCCCAUGGGAGUUGGUAGCACUACAGCGCCAGGGAUUCCUCCGUCAACCAAUGGGUCACCGUAUGCGAUCUCUGUUCCGGGAUCUGCGGCUUUCAACAUUCCCUACUCCCCGCUUUUAUCUAGUAUGGUCAUGCCUGGGCAGGCGCAGUCCAUCACUCCUGCAUUGCAAUAUCCGUCUGUGCCUUCACCCAUAACACCAAUUUCACCAUCGCCCGCCUCCUCAACAUCGUCAAUGCGCAAAGCACUUAAUGGUAGAAAGGUGGAUCCCUCUACGGACGGUGACAAACCGAAACGAGGGCGACCACGCAAGAUUAAGCGCUCCGAAAAAUGUCUCGAUGACGAGUUGUGUGAUGAAGUAACAAAUGGAAUAGAAAAGGAGGAUCAAGAUCGUGCACUCAUGCCGCCACCGGCACUCCCAUUGGGACGUGCCAGACCAGUUGCUUGA